GUGAAUCUUUAUGAAUCUUCGUGACUCUUUGUGAGUCAUUAUGAAUCUUUGUGAAUCUUUAUGAACCUUUAUGAAUAUUUAUGAAUCUUUAUGAAUCUUUGUGACUCUUUGUGAAUCUUUAUAAACACGACACCGUGUUUUUUUUAUUUGAUUGUAUUUUUAAUAGACACAUUUUCUAAACCAUAUGUAUAAGUAACUCAAACCCUGUAUUUUAACUAUUAACUGUUUUCUUUUUCCUCUGAAAUAAAACCCAACCUCCUUCCAGUAACACGUUUUGAUACGCAAAUGAGCACAAUCACGCAUUAAUAUGUAAAUGAGCCCGUGACGUCACUUGGAUGUUUGUGGAGACGUCCUGCGUGUGAAGCCGCAGCAGUGUGUCGGAGCGCGGGGUUUAUUUUACACCCGGACUCGGUGUUAUAUAUAAAUACAUUACAGCAGCGGCAGCAGCGAGGUUUAUUGCCCCGGGUGUUCUAUAUAAAUACCCUACAGCGGGGUCCCUGUCCGUGCCAUGACCCCUUUACUCAUCAUCGCCCUCGGCAGCUUGUUCACGGCGGUCAGGAGCCGCUCGUUUCUCGGGGCUCAGUGUGGCCUCCUCACCGCGUCCUGGACCGACACUAAAGUCACCUCGGUGACCGGGGACUGGAGCCACAUGUACCGCCUGAAAGUGUCGCCUCCGCCCGAGGACGGACCGCAGCGGCCGGUGUUCCCUGAGCAGCCGCUGUUCGGCUUCAUUAGGCGGGUGUACAGAUGCUGUCAGUCCGGUCACCGCUGUGCGGGAGUUAAAGGGCUCCAGGGCCGAGAGACUGCAGGCUCGACGGUGGAGUUUGUUCUGAGCGAGGACGUGUGGUCAGCACCGAUACUGAGAGCCGAGGUUCAUCUUCACAUCUCCAACCCACACCAGCUGAAGGUCCAGCCGCUGCUCCCCUGGCUCGACAAACGCCACCGGCCUACGAGGUACAGCGAGUGGUGGAUGGACAGCACGCUGGAGGUCAGGGUGGAUCUGCACUUCCUUUUUCAGGCUCUUCAGGCUGUCAGAGGGAAGCGUGGAGGCGCCAGUGCGAUGGAGAUCCCACGUGUCAGAGGUCUGCACACACUCCGGACUUCGGAAGUGAGACCCACUGUGGCAGAAGGUGGAGAUGGGAGGGUGGAGCAUCACCCUCAGGUUCCUGUAGACCUGGGCCUGACCUUACACUGCAGCACAGUGGAGCUGAACACACCACUGCCGUGUGAGAGCCACGGGGUUCGACUGCUUCACACACCCUUCAUCACGCUCUCGUAUGGAUAACACACACACACACACACACACAAUAGUCUUGAUAUGUUUGUCAAAGUGCGGUCUGCCAGGACACUGUAAAUAUUCCAAAUACGCACUUCAGCAAUAAAUUUGAAUAUAUUUAAUUUAUACAGGUGUUUUGUGGGAAACUUAUCAAUGUAUAUAAUGUAAAUAAACUCAUAGUUUUAUAUAAAACUCUUUAUUUCUGUCUGGAGUUGAAUGUUGUCUGAUUUAUUCCUCACCAGUGGAUCAGUUACUGUUCUCACACACACACACAGACACACACACACACACACACACACACACACACACACACACACACACACACACACACACACACACACACACACAGAGAGAGUUUAUACAAGGUGAGUUAAGGUUAUUUAAUUGUUCACAUUUAUUGUUAAUAUAAACCCUGAAACGUCGCUCUGACAUUUAAAAGCAUAAAAUAUUUUUCCAUUUGUUUGUUGUUUGUUUGUUUAUUUAAAUGAGUUUGUAGGGGAAACACAAAACAUUAAAUCCUGUACAAUAUGGCAACAUUACAAACAAUGUUUAAAGUUAAAUCUAUAAAUCAUUUGUCUCAAAUGUUAAUUCAGAAUGAUUAGAUUGUUAGUGCUACUAAUCCCAAAUCAAUUAGACCAUAAUCCAUCAGCAGUAAACACCACCUAGUGGCCAUUGGUAGUAAUUACCUACCAGCAGUAAACACCACCUAGUGGCCAUUGGUAGUAAUUAGCUACAAGCAGUAAACACCACCUAGUGGCCAUUGGUAGUAAUUAGCUACCAGCAAUAAACACCACCUAGUGGCCAUUGGUAGUAAUUAGCUACCAGCAAUAAACACCACCUAGUGGCCAUUAUUAAUAAUUACCUACCAGCAGUAAACACCACCUAGUGGCCAUUGUUAGUAAUUAGCUACCAGCAGUAAACACCACCUAGUGGCCAUUGUUAGUAAUUAGCUACCAGCAGUAAACACCACCUAGUGGCCAUUGUUAGUAAUUACCUACCAGCAGUAAACACCACCUAGUGGCCAUUGUUAGUAAUUAC